GUGCCUCGCAGAAGUUAUUAUGUAAGAUGUUCCCAGUCAGUCACAUCCCCGCCAGAGUCGGAGGCAUGAUGAGGGCGCUUUAAGAGAAAGCUCAGCUCCUGUCCGGGAUCCUGGCAGGACACACACCUUCUGCUCCUCCGACACAACUCACCUGAUGCACAGCAGAGUCCCCAGAGGAGAAGAACGCGGCGUCUUCUCCGCACAGCUCUCUAAAAGUGGAGAGCAAGUGGCUCCCGUUCAGCGGCCAUCCAUCAGGUGAAGUGGAAAUAGUGUUGCGUCUCCUCCCUGACUCAGGGGUGUCCCAUAUCUGCCCCGGAGCUUUAAAAAGGUCCGCCCCACAGCGAGGAGACAACACCGUGGCGUGGAUCCAGGAAGACGGGCCACAAAGAAGACGAACACGAGCCUGAAACUAUGGAUCAUGAGACGCUGAAAUGCGCAAAUAAAAUUAGCGAAGCUAUAACAGCAAGUUCGACAAAGUGAAUCCAUUUAGUCGCCUUUCUCUGACGGGAGCCGAGAGACGCGGCGCGAUGGAGCUGGAGCACAGCACCAACUACAACCACGCCCUGUGGAAAGAGAUACCGUGGGAGUCGACUGAGGACUGCUCGCUCUCAGUGGGCGGCACCACCUUCCUUAUCAUUGCUUACAGCACAGUGAUGGCCGUGGGCCUCAUUGGGAACUCCUGCCUGGUGUUUGUCAUCAUGCGGCACAAGGAGAUGCAAAACGUCACCAACAUCUUCAUCGUCAACCUGUCCUGCUCUGACAUUCUCAUGUGCAUCAUAUGCCUGCCGGUCACCAUCAUCUACACGCUGAUGGACCAGUGGAUCCUCGGAGAUACCAUGUGCAAGCUCACGCCCUUCAUCCAGUGCAUUUCUGUCACUGUCUCCAUCUUCUCCCUCGUCCUCAUCGCCAUGGAGCGCUACCAGCUCAUCGUCCAUCCCACCGGCUGGAAACCGCUGGUGAGCCAGUCCUACGUGGCGGUGGCGCUCACCUGGACCGUGGCCUGUCUGAUCUCGGUGCCUUUCCUGAAGUACAGCGUACUCACCCUGCCUUUCCAGAACCUCAGCCUCCCCAUCCCUGUCAGCGACCACCUCAUCUGCAUGGAGCUGUGGCCCUCCGUUCAGAAGCGCCGCGCGUACACCACCUCCCUGCUCGUCUUCCAGUACCUGCUCCCUCUCACGCUCGUCCUGGUCUGCUACCUGCACAUCUACCUGCGCCUGAGACGGAGGAAGGACAUGGUGGAGCGCGGCAGGAACACCACUCACAAGAAGAACAAAGGCUCCACGAGGAUCAACGCCAUGCUGAUCUCCAUCGUGGUGGCGUUCGCCCUCUCCUGGCUCCCCCUCAACGUCUUCAACACGGUGUUCGACUGGAACCACGAGGCCAUCCCGUCCUGCGGACAUGACAUCAUCUUCUCCUUCUGCCACCUCGCGGCGAUGGUCUCCACUUGCGUCAACCCGAUCAUCUACGGGUUCCUCAACAGCAACUUCCAGAAGCAGCUCAAGUCCACUGUGUUGCGCUGUCGCUGUUGGGGGGCGGUGGACAGGUAUGAAAUCGUGCCCCUCUCCACCGUCAGCACAGAGGUAACCAAAGGGUCUGUCUUCAGUAAUGGAUCUAUCACCAAUAACUCAUAAGUCACGCUCCAAGAACAGGACAUAGAUUUAGUAGGAAGAGGGCACCUUACCCCAAACUGUGCCAUCCUUUGGAGCUUUUGUGCUUUCUCUUUUUUGACUCUUUGAAAAGUAAAAAAAAAAUCUAUAAGGGACUGAAAAGCAAAAUUGUGGACAGUUCAUUGGUCUGGCACAGUUUUCCGGAUACAGAGAGGGUUCCCGCUAAAGAGGAAGUAGAUGACAAAUGGUGCAAAGGUUGGUGCAAGUUGAACUGCUGCCGGACACUUAACAUGGGCAUACGGUGUACGGACCCUACAGGUGAAUAGACAGCCUUUAAACUCUUAAACAUGUUUUCUCUGUAAAAGCCUCGACAUCUAUUCUGAAGUCCGGAGUCACCAGAGGACGUCCGAUCUUUAAACGGCUGUAAAUGUGCGCAAACGACCAUCGAGUACUGGAGAAAACGAAGCACAUGUACCUUUCAGUCCAGUUACCUUAUGUUAAAUGGGACUGAUGAAAAAUAUCAAGGGGAUUGUAAACGGCGGCGUGUUAAUGAUUAUCAUCUGAGAAGCUUAUCACCUAGCUGAAGGGUCAGUAUUAGUGCUUUAGAUGUGGCUCAUUCAGUCCAUAUAGUGGCACCAUCUUAAUGCUUUUAUUAUUAUCUAAAAUCACCACCAGUGCUGUAACAGUGGUUCUCAGACAACCUCGGCUGGAGCGGUAAACGUCCCGCGCUGUCAGCCAGGCUCUAGACCCCAGCCUGUAUAUAUAUAUAUGUGUAUGUGUGUGUGUGGGGGGGGAGGGGGGGAUAGCAUCUGCCAUAAAAUGUGCCAUACAGAAAUCGUAUAUCAGCUGCAAUAAAACAAAAUAAAAGUGACAGUAAAGGACUCUGUCAGAGCAGGUCUCCUCUGCUGUAUAUGUGUCACAUGACAGAGUUAUAGUUUAUGGCGUGGUCUAAAGUAAAGAGCACUUUGUAGCCUAGCAAAUAUCUCUCGGUGACCUGUUGUUAGACACUUUGUGCAUUUUUAAUUGCAUUAAAUCGUAUACGUUAUCUUCUUUGAUAAAAAAAAAAAAACCUGUGUUGUAAUAUUUGGGUUAGAACUAUGUUACAUUGAAACAAUAAAAUCCAUUACACCGUGUUUUAACCGGAUACUAGCAAUUUUGCACCCUUGGUUAUGAAUUCAAAAUAAUAAUAAUAAUAAUAAAAAAUGUCUGGGCCUACAAUCUAAACUGUGUUAUUAAAGUUGUACCCUAAUUUA